AUGACCAGUGAUAUCGGUCUGCCGCGUCCCCAGGCGCGUGAGGAGCGCCUUAUGCACCCAGUGGAGUUUAUUCAGCGCAGUGCACCACGCCAGGAGGAGGCGCUGCGCAUGAACAACAUUCGCACUACGCACGGCCUUGGCGCCGCGACGGAGGUGGCGCUGACGGAGGUGACCCUCCUCGGCAGCCGUCGCCUCGGGGCCAUGCCUACAAGCAACACACUCUACAACGCGUACCGCGGCAACUUCACGGAGCUGACCCCUUGCGACCUCUACGGCCUGCAGGAGAACGACCCGAACGUGCAGCCGACACCGCGCGCGCUUGUGGAGAAGCAGUUCCACGGCCAUGAGCUGACGAUGAAGACACUCGGCCUGUAA